AUGGGCUUUCUGGACAUUGACGGUGGCUCGGUGGUGUCGCGACGCAGCGCGCACUACCGGUCGCCGUCCUCGUCGUCCAAGCACAAGCACAAGCACGGCAGCAGCCGGGACGGCGACCGGGAGCGAGAGCGUGACCGCAGCCGGACACGAGCGACGGCUCCGACGAACCGCACCUUUUUCGGGCUCGAAAGCGUCAACAACAAGGGUCACGGCCGGCACGCGAGGGCGAGCAGCAGCCUGUACGAGUACGUCGAGGAGGCAGAGUCGAAAAAGCACAGCGCCGGCCACCACAGCCACAGCCGCAGCCGCAGCCGUUCGCCUGCCGGUUUUGGUGCCGGCUUCUUUGCUCAGCCCAACGGCAGCGCGCGUUCCGUCUUCUCGUCCUCAGGCGUCGGUGGCCGGCCGGCCGGCGCAUCGUUUUAUCGGCGCUCGCCGCGCUCCGGUUUUUUGCACCGCACCUACCGCAAGCUGCGCCGCCUGCUGCGCGACCUGCUCUACUACGCCAAGAAACACCCGCUCAAGGUCUUUCUGCUGGCCGUCAUGCCACUCCUCACCGGCGGCGCUCUGGCGGCACUGCUCGCCCGCUUUGGCCUGCGUCUGCCGCCUGCUAUUGCGCGCAUGCUCGGCUUCGGCGUUCGCGCUGCUGCCGCGUCCAGCGACAGCAUCGGCGUCGUCAGCGAUGCUGUCCGCAUGGCUUCCGUCACCGGCGCCGCGUCCGGGUCUGCUGCAAGUGCCGGUGCUGGCGUCGGCGCCAGUCGCAACCUCCGACACCCCCCGGCCCAGCAGCGCGACUACUUCCGCGCCAGCCGUGCUGCUGCUAGUUCCACUACCGGUACCGACUUUUACGGCAGCGACAGCACCAGCAGCCAUGGCCGCAGUGGCGGCGGCUGGGGUGCUAGUCUCGCCCGGUUCUUCUCCUGA